UGUGCGAGGGGGCCGGGGCAAGGAGGGGGCCACGGCGUGCCCCACUCUGUUUUUUACGACACGGCUUUCUGUGUAACAUAAUAAGUAUUUAAAAAUUUUUGUGAAAUGUUUCGGUGUUAUUUGUAAAAAUUCGGGAAGUGGAAAAUAGGAAACGAGAUGCAGGGGCUGGUGAGUGACAAGACGUUCCACCUCAAGUGGAACAACCACCUGCAGAACCUGAGCCAGCUGUUUACGACGAUCUAUUCGUCGUCGGCGCUCGCAGACGUUACCCUGUCAUGUCGCGAUGGCACCCUCAAGGCUCACAAACUGGUCCUCUCGGCUUGCAGCCCUUACUUCGAACAAAUUUUCAAGGACAAUCCCUGUCAGCAUCCAACAGUGAUAUUGAAGGGUAUACCUUUCUCGGAGAUCAAUCUGUUGGUAGAGUUUAUGUACAAGGGUUCAGUGGAUGUCCAAGAGUUGGACUUGCAAUCUUUGAUGCACACAGCCUCUGAGCUAGAAAUCAGAGGACUGGCAUAUGAGGCUCGUGAUAAUGCUGCACAGUUACUGAAUGUGAAUCUAGAAUACCCUGCCUACACACAGACAACAACCACCUCAACGGUCACAACAUCACAAUCAUUUCAACAAAACCGUACAGAUGUCGAGAGAUUAAAACAGAUUCACAUGUACCAACAGUCCAUGAUGCGGGCUGAAGAAGUCCGCAGGCGGCGCAGAGAAGACAUGCCAACAACACAAACGGCUGUCAACAAUAUUUUAGCUGCAGCAGCUAGGGAGAUGGAAGAGGCCAGACAAGCUACCAGGACGGAUAGAGUCGUCGCCAGCAUCCAGACGGAGCAGGAUAGUAAUACAUCAACAGCUACCCCGUCAGACGUCAAACGCGAGUCCGAAGACGAGAGGCCAAAGAAGAGAAUCUCGAUUAUGUCACCUGAUGAUGAGAGGAUGCGAGCGAAAAAGAAGAUGACUGUGCGCUUCCAGGACGAGAAGAUGGAAGAACCCAAUAAGGUCACUUCACCCAGUGCAACAAAUAAUGGCGAGCCAAAAGAAGACAACAAACAGGGCGGUAUUAAAGUUGUGCAGUUGGCUGUUUUACAGAAACCCACCAACAACGAACAUGACGAUUCUGAUGAACGUGGUAAAGCGAUGGACGAGGAAGAGGAAACAGAUUCAAGCGGUUCAGUAUCUGAUGCUGCGGCAAAUGAUUCGCAGGAUGGAAGGCCGUAUGCAUGUGAUAUUUGUGAUGUUAGGUUCGCACGUUCGUCCCAUUUGUCCCGACAUCGUCUUACGCAUACGGGCGAGCGUCCGUAUACGUGCGGCGGUUGCGGACGUUCGUUCGCUCGCUCCGACAAACUGCGCGUACACACUAAGAUCUGCGAGCGGGUACGUAUUCAUGAGGACCCAACGGUGGAUAUGACAAACGAACAGCCAGUUGUCAAACGCGAGAACAACUCUGAAGUAAUGUCGGGUAUGGUCCGUUCCACGCAUCGCGAGUCCGGCCAUCUCGUGUUCACUCCCAGCGGUGACGUCAUGCUGCCCCCGAGAACCACGCCCGUGAUUUUAAACUCCACGCUGGAUGCCAGGAAUGAUGCGGAUCUCUCUGACCCACCGAGACGGGGACGCGGUAGACCCAGGAAGACCCCGCUGCCCCUGACCCCCAAGGUCAAGAAGCGGAGAGGACGGCCGCCAAAGACGUCUCUCGACAUGGAAGGUUGUGUGCUAACAAGUGGUACCGUGAUGGGUCCCAGCCCCCAACAUAUGUCUGCUCUGUCCCCCGCGGGCCAACAGCUGCUGCUGAAGAGGAAACGAGGUCGCCCACCCAAGAACUACCUGAUACCCAACAGACCUGGUAUGGAUAUGACAAUACCGAUGCAGUACGGCCUAGCUGCUGAGAUAAACAAAUUUUACGGCCGACCGAACGAAAACUAUAACGCGACCAACCUGCCAUUCGGAGACUUCUCCUAUUUAACGGAAAUGAUGUACAACCCUCUCGCGUACUCGUACGGUGUGACCAGCGUAGACCCGGACCGGAACAUCGACGCCGACCACAUGGCGUCCGAAACCCAUGACAGGACGAUCGACGUGUCAGAUUCCUCCAGCGAUGAGGAAGACUCCAGGGUGGAGCCGGAGGAGAACGUCCCGCCGGUCGCCUGCGAGACCCAAAUAAUGACGGUAGGCGACUGUCAAAUUGUGAAACUACCCGCAAACGAGGACAAGGAGGACAAAGAUCAGACGCAGAUCGAUACGAACGUUUCGGUCUCCACUCCCAGCUCGGUCACUAUUACUCCCAUCACCACUGUGGGUGACUGUACCAUACGCCCGGUUGAGAACACAUAAUCCACAAGAGUUUACCCCAUCAUAGUCAUACGAUAUGUUCUUCAGUAGUCUGGACUUUUGGGGAUUCUCGAGUUUUGGGUGCUGUCAAAGUGAAGACAGUUCUUGGAGCGUUUGGGGUCGAUUGAAAGGACCCCAGCGGAUCUUUCGCGUCACUUUUGUGGGACGAGUCCGGACUAUUCUGAAAUUUUCCAUUUUCCUCUCUGUCUUCCCUUAUUAUACUAUGUGGGGUAGACGUAUUGUUGUGGUAGCAUAAAGUUGGGUCUAUUUCAAAGUGCUUGUAGCAUAUGCUAGAAUGUCUUCCUAUUAUUAAUAAGUGGAUGUCUCGAUUCAAUUUGGAACCUGCGUUGCCGGCUUCGAACCACUAAUGGUAGAAAUUUCCCCAUUUUUCGAAAGUUGCGAUUCGGUUUUAGAUUUACGAAGGUUUUUUUUAAAGUAGAAAACGGAGCGGUGUCGCCACCCACGAAUGCUACUACAAUGAUAAUAUUAGAUUAAGUAACUGUAGAUGCAUUUAAAUUGGAAUAAUUUAUGGAUCUUGAGAUUUGAUCACGGAAGCUUUACACGGCUUUGGGACGUUUGGCGUCGGGGACUCUCGGUUUUAAGGGAUGUGACUGACGGAGUACGAAGUGCCCGACGCGAAACGGACCGACGCGACGAAACAGAGAUACUCAGUCGACACAAUUGGUUUCGGAACAAAAAGUCACAAGCGAACAGUGUUUUAUGUGACAGCGAACCCGCCUGGUCCGCCAGUGUUGCCAUAGACUAUUUUUAUUUGACUCACAGAGUUCUCGCAUAAGACACUGUUUCUAUAGUAAGUAUAACUAUUUUGCGAUACUCUACAGAGGAGUCAUUUACCGCGUAUUUUAAUGGAAUUAGGUAGGAAUUCUCGGUUGCCUUCGUUGUGGCUCUUGGUGUGUGACUUUGGGCGCGCGGCCUAUGUCGGGGAGAUUUUUAGCUUUAAUAAUGAAAAAAAACGUCACUUCCCUUCCGACGUUUCCUUCGGUCAGCGCCUCGAGCGACGGACGUAAUCUUUGUGGAUCUGAUUUAUUUUCUAGUGAUCCGUACCAGACUUGAUAUAGUAGUUUUGUAACGUAGAUUGGCCGUCUAUUAACGAGAUUUCCGUAUAUAUUGGAUGUGUAGUAGCACAGCUGUAUCGCCUUUACUCUUAUCUAUGUGAAUAGCGAGUAGCGAGUAGUGAUUAGGUAAAAAUUUGAAAAAAUUCUAAAACAUAACACCACACGAACAAGUGAUACGUGCGCUAAAUAUUUUUAGUCGGACAUAAUUUAAUGACAUAUAUUUCUCUAAUCGUUUAUGCCUGUAUGUGUAAUCUUAGUACGUAAUUCGAUUUCUCGCGGGAAUGUCGCCAUCUUGGACGUCCGUCAACGUCAACGUCAAAUUCACGAUCUGUCAAACGAGACGUCGGGCGCAUUGGGCCGCAAAUGUAUAUUCUGACAGCUAUCCAGUCAUUGAUGCUGUUAAACAGUCGAUUGGACUUUAUUUAAGUUUCUUGAGUUCCUUUACACGCUUCGCUAUGUGCGUGAUGGCUUCUUUAAAGAUUUUUCACUUGGUUUUAAAUAUCAUAUCACUAAUGUACCUAUAUUAUGGAUAUUUUGGUUUAUUUUUGCGUAGAUUAUGAUAAUAAAAGUAUUUCACAAAAAUAAAAAUAUGUAAGUUGUUUAGUAUCAUUUACUAUUCGAUUAUAGUAGUCGCAUUAUGAACUGAGGGUUCGGGUUAUAAAUGAUAAUUAUCUGUCUGUCUCGAACUUACAAGUGUGUAAGAACAGUAGAGGUGCAUAUAAUAGAAAUAAUUUUUCGCUAUAUGAAAACAGAAGUUUUUAAUUUGUUCGUUAAAUGUCACCAUUGAAAAACUCGUUAGAAAAAUCCAAUGCGCGUAUUACGAAGCGUAAGUUAUGUAUAGUCAUAAGAAAAAUCUUAUAUUUAUAGAAAAAAAACAACUUCACUCGUAACGACCAAUCAGAGUCAAGAGUGCAGCUACGUAUCAUUAACGGGUUGCAUAACGUGCACAUACUGUCUGACAUUUAUAGCCCGACGACUCAGUUAAAAUGCGUCCUUUAGCGGGAACAAAUGGCCGAUCACCUAGGUAUUUGCCUUAAAACCGGCGAUGUUUCAGCCACAUACAGAGUUUAUAAUUUUUUAUCGAAGAAGCCAUCACCCAUACGUUUUACAAGUAUUAAUUAGUUCCCUUGAAUUUGUACAGUAGUAUAGUUCCUAACGAUUAAUCAAAAUUAUAAUCCUCGAACUAACUUAGUGGUAAGUUUUUAGUUUACGAGAUCAAAUUAGUUCACUAUUAGUGAUAUGUUUAUUUUAGUCCGCUUUACUUAAUAAGACUGCUCGCUUUUUCAUUUGCCCUAGAGGCUUCAUCUGGCAAGCUGAGGUGAGAGUUUAUUUAAUACAAAUGAAUCUGUAUUUUUAUACUAAAGAUAAGUUUCCGAAUAAUCUGUGUCCCACGCGGUAGGUUAGGUUUUUAAGUUUUAACGGCCCUAUUGGCAGCUGAUGUGCGGUUGCAAGUCAUUGUCGUUGGGAAAUACGUGAAUGCUGAACACAGAGGAAAUUUGACUAAAUUGAAUGCAUUUUGUCACACGAAAUUUAUUAGUUCUACAGACUAAAGUUUUUUUAUUAAAAAUUUACAGCCCGUAGUAUUCGGAACUAUAUGGAAGCAUGGUAGAUUUCGAGCUAUUAAUAAACAUAUGAUAAAAAUAGAUUUAUCAUAUAUUGAUGACGUAUCGAAAAGUGUCUAAGAAAAUUAAAAAUGGCGUCCACUGUUUUUAGGACAGUUACAUUAAUCGUUAAGUUCAGACUAUGAAUCUUAACGAGAAUAGCCAUUAUUUAUCGAGCCAUAAUACCUUAUGUGAUCUUAUAUAUUUUUUAAUGUGAAUAAAUGAAUUAUAAAAUGUUUAAUAAAAUAAUGAAUUAUUAAUUAUUAUGGUAUAUUUCAUGAAUUGAAAUUGUUUUAAUACAUAAAAAAACAUAAUUGAUAAUGAAUCUCCGAUAAACAAUAAUGUUGGUUUAAGUCAUUUUUCCAAUUCGACAUUGGGUUGUAAUCGCACUACAGCAAGUUUUGGCAAUAAAUGAUUGUAUAAUUAUUUAUGGAAUGUUGUAUGAGCGCCCGGUUGUAUUGCAUUUAUAUUAAGUUUUAUUUUUAUUAUGUCCCGCGACGCAACUAAGAGUAUGGAGUAUAUAACGUAAAUUUGCAUUUUUCAUUAAACAUGAUUUUUUAUUAUCAUCGAUCAAAUUAUAAUCCUUUUUAUAUAAAAUGCCUCACUAGCUCGCGACGAAUUCGCUGUUCGCGCCAAAAUGUUAAUUAUUAUUAUAAUAUUGGCGACAUACUUAAAAAUCACUGCCUUAAAAUAUUCUUUGUUGCGUCACGAUUAUGCUUUUAAUCAAUUUUAAUUUAAGUUAUACCUAUAGGUUUUAUUAGGGUCUCGUCAAUGAAAUUAUCAAUUAUUAAUAAUGAUUUUUAUUCCUCCAAUGUAUGCUCUCUGUCGCAUCAUGUACGGCGAGAUCUAAUUCGUUUUAAUCAAAUCAUCAACAAUAUAUUAAUUAGUUUUAAUUAUGUUAUUCCUGUUUUGUGAAAUGUCUAUCAUUUUACGUUGUGAUCAUGUGAGUGCAAAAUUAUUUUGACCAUUUUAAUUGACUUUGUCAAUGGGCAGCAGAAUGUUAUGGACACAUUAAUUUCUGCAUAGUCCGAGAGCAGUAUUUUUUAGCUGUAGUCUUUAUAUAAACUUUUUUUUAUUUUAACAAUUGUGAAAUUCAAUCGUUAGUUAAUUUCUAACAAUGAAAUAUUUAAUAAAGAAAUUACAAAAC